GUCGCAAUUUGACUGAAUCAUUCCAACGUGUCUCAGCCAUGACGUGCCGACGGCACAUGUGGGGUGUUGUUUUACUUGGAGCUGCGCUUUGCUUUGUGCCCAGUCCCACACCGUCGGCGGUGCCCCGAGCACGAGUUGCUGCGCCCACACGGUUCCCCGCACCGGCGGCGCCAGCGGCCGGAGUUCUUGCGGCGGUGGUCGGCCUGGUGCUGUCUUUAGCGCCGGCCUGGGCGACUCCGCCGGCCGACAGCGUGGAGGCCGCCUGGGGCUUCGUCAAGCGAAACUUUUACGACCAGACGUAUAACCAGCAAGACUGGAGCGCCGCCCACGAGCGCUUCCUGGAGCGCGCACGCAAGGGUGAGCGAGCAGAGAGCAUCGUGAGAGACAUGGUGGGCUCCCUGGGUGAUCGCUACAGCCGCGUCAUCGACGCCGAGACCUUUGAGCAGCUCAUGGCUUUCGACCCUUUGGGCGUGGGCCUGGUGCUGGCGCGGAACGACCAGAAGGAGGUCAUCGUCAGUAGCCCCCCCUUCGUGGGUUCCUCAGCGGCGCAGGCUGGCAUCAAGCAGGGCGACCUGGUGGACACUGUGGAUGGGUUGAGCUUUCAAGAGCAGUCACUGCUGGCUGUCUCGGACAAGGUGGCGCAGAAGGACGCAGAGACUGUGACUCUGAGCGUGCGGCCCAAAGAUGGCGCGCCUCGCCAGGUCAGCCUGGUGCGCUUGCGGCAGGCCAAGCCCCAGAACCAGGUGGAGUCAGGAGUCGUGAGCAAGUCUGAUGGCCACAAGAUCGGGUACCUGCGUCUGCGGAGCGUCGGCGCCCGCAGCGCGCUGGAGAUGGCGGAGGCGCUGAAGGCUCUGCGGGCAGAGGGCGCCGAGGAGUUGGUCCUGGACCUCCGGGGCAAUGGAGGCGGGUCCUUCCCUGCGGCGCUGGAAGCGGCGGAGCUCUUUCUGCCGCCCGGCUCGGUGGCCGCGCAGGUAAAGCUGCCGACCGCAGAGAACAAGCCGAUCCGCGUGGGCGAAGGAGCUCAGCCGCCGGCCACGGAGCCUUUGGCGGUGCUGGUUGAUGGCGGCAGCGCCAGUGCGAGCGAGGUGUUGGCGGUGGCGCUGCGGGGCAACUGCCGGGCGCCGCUGCUGGGCCAGCGGAGCUUCGGCAAGGCGGCGGUGCAGGGGGUUUUUGGACUGCCCAACAAGGAGGCGGUGGCGCUCACGGUUGCGCGCUACAGCGGCCCCGGGGGCACCAGUAUCGAGGGCGGCUUGGAGCCGGAUCUGCCGGGCCCCGGCGUGGCGCUGGGGGGUUUCUCCGCCGCGGGGCUCUUCGGGGCUCUGGGGGGACCGGCGCAAAGCGGGGAGUACACGGCGCUGGACGUGGCGGAAGCCUCCAAGGUGGCGCUGGCGGGGUGCAAGGCCGGGGAGGCUUGGUGA